UAUUAAUUUAUAUUGCAGAGCCCUGGUGCUUACACUAAACCCAAUCAUUACUGUCACUAUGACAUGACUCAAUUCACACCAUAGCCCAAAAACAGAACCUCUUUUUAUGGGAACUGGGCUUUGGGGCCCAUAAUGCAGUAUUUGUAAGAAAAAUAGCCCUUACAUUGUAUCAAAAAUAAGGCUAUUCACAUACAUACACACACAAAUGAAGAAUUAGCAGACAAUAUUCGCAUUAUGCAUACUUUGAUUCAUAACGACAAAAAGUCAAAGACUGGACAGGACAAGGAAAUUUCUCCUUUACAACUAUCCAUUUAUAUCUGUGAUAAGUGUGUAAGUGGAGAAUAGAUAAGUAAGGUGUAAUAAGGUGAGAAGUCUUAGCUCUAGCUCCACCUUUUUUUGUGUUCAUUGCCCAAUCAAAUCACAUUAUAGACCUGUUAAGUGAGGGAUCUCCCCUGUUGAAUAUGUGGGAGUUAGCUGAAACAGUGACAAGAAAACAGAAGGAAAGACAAAUUGUGAGAAGAUAAGGAGACAGAAAAAAAGAGAGAAAAAGGCAGCUCAGCUUGAAGCAGGAAUGAAGUAUCCUCCAGCUCCUCAGAGUAAAUCUCUGUUAGAUAUGGAGGUAGCCAACUACUGUGAAGGCCUGGAUCCAUCAUUCAGCACACUAGGGUUUGAGAAUGCAGAGGUUCUCUAUGCAGGAGACAGUAUGCCAACAGAACCAAGCCACUCUGGUCCAGAUGGACUGAACGCUAACUGCGCAAUCUGUGGAGAUAAAGCCACAGGAAAACACUAUGGGGCUUCAAGCUGCGACGGCUGCAAAGGCUUCUUUAGACGCUCCAUUCGCAAAAGCCAUGUGUACACCUGCCGGUUCAGCAGACAGUGUGUGGUUGACAAGGAUAAGAGGAACCAAUGUCGUUUCUGCAGACUCAACAAAUGCUUUAGAGCUGGCAUGAAAAAAGAAGCUGUACAGAAUGAGAGAGAUCGGAUCAGUUCCCGAAGAAUCAUCCCAGAUUCUCAAGACCUUCCACCCAUUACUGUCUUAGCACAGGCAGAGUCCUUAUCCCAACAAAUCAUCACUCCUGUAGGACUAGUGGACGUAUCGGAUGUGAAAUCAGCCACUGUAGUGGAUGUGUGUGAUUCUAUGCGGCAACAACUGUUGGUUUUGGUGGAAUGGGCCAAAUAUAUUCCUUCCUUUGGCGAGUUGCCACUGGAUGAUCAGGUGAGCUUGCUCAGGGCUCAUGCAGGUGAACAUCUCUUGCUUGGGGUUGCCAAAAGGUCAAUGCCAUUCAAGGACUUCCUCCUUUUAGGUAAUGGCUGUGUGAUACACAGGAACGGCCCUGAACCUGAGAUUUGCAGAGUUGCCAGCAGAAUAUUAGACGAGCUGGUCCAGCCUUUCCAAGAUAUUCAGAUAGACGACAAUGAGUAUGCAGCUCUCAAGGCAAUUGUCUUUUUUGACCCAGAUGCAAAGUCGUUGCGGGACCCAACGAAAAUUAAGACUAUGCGUCUUCAGGUUCAGAUGAGUCUGGAAGACUACAUAAACGACCGUCAGUACGACUCCAGGGGUCGUUUUGGAGAGCUCUUACUGCUGCUUCCCACCCUGCAGAGCAUCACGUGGCAAAUGAUUGAACAGCUCCAGUUCAUUAAGCUAUGCGGCCUGGCCAAGAUAGACAACCUGCUUCAGGAGAUGCUGCUGGGAGGUCUAACAACAGAGUCCAGCCACCUUCACCAUGCGGCACACACCCAGUUGGCCCAGGACCAUGUGACUGGACACACCCUUGUCAUCAGUGCCAUGCCUGCUACUCACAUUCCACAAAUAGCUUCACCUGAGACUCCCAUCCCAUCGCCACCACAGGGUCCCGCCACAGAAAUGUACAAACAUUUCCCUCAGCCUCAUCGUCCUCCCGCCAGCCCCUCAUCUUCUACACAGACAGACCCCUGACUCCUUCCUUUUGUCAUGAUUUUAUGACAAAGAGUCUGUCACGAAAUCAGUUUUCUUUUUCUUGGAUGCAUAGUUUAUUGUACUGAUGUGAAUGUUAGGAAGGCACUCCUUAUUCAGUAUGUGUCUUAAAGACUUCCCACUGCCUGUUCCCCCGCCCAGUGUUACAGCAACAAUGAUCUCAGAAUAAUUGCCUGCCUUUCAAAGGUAAGCUUUUAUUCAAAUUUAAACCCUCACAAGUCUACAUUUUUCAACAAGAGACCAGACACAGGGGCUUCAGCUGUAAUGAUCAGAGGACGCAGAGCAAUUUAGGGGCUCAAUUAGAAUCCAGCUGGUGUUCCACCCAGCUCUGACCAUUCAGAUCAGUCCAAUAGUCAUCCCACAGUGGUAGGAAUGAUGUGUGUGAGUAACUUCAUUAGCAGUAACUUCAUCAAUUGAACUGCCUUACAUGAGAAGAUGCUGUCAUCUGAUAAAAUGCUAUGUAUAUAUUUUGAGAAACUAUUGUUCAUGGUUUCCAGGCUUAAAAAACACAUUUUCUGAAUAUUUUUUUUUGGGUAAUGCUGAUUUGUCUGAAUGAAGUAGAAUAGAAAAUGAAAAGAACAAUUCUGAGUGUGAGACAUGUUAAUGAGGUAUACCUCAUUAACAUGCAGCUAAACCUCUGUUUAGCUGCUUUUGAAUUACUCCUGUAUUUGCUCAUCAGCUGUCCAUCUAACUCAUACAUCUAAAAACCAAAAAUAAGAAAGCACACAAGUCUUUGAGCUUUCGAGUUUACAGAAAUUAUUUAAGUGAAAGAGAAGAACAGCCAAAUUGUUUCAAUGUACACAACCAUGUUCUGAGGAAAGGAAUUGUUGUUAUUUUAUUUUGUAAACUUUAGAUUGUCACAAUCCAACCUUUUUGUCACAUACUAAUAUGAGGUUGUGCCCAUUUUAUAUUUUUCUCCUAUUUAGAGUUUCUUCCAAUGUAAAAUAAACUGAGGUAGCUAUAAGUUCAACAAAUUAGCGCAUCCAUCUUUACAGUUGUUGCUGGGUUAGUCUUGGUUUUGAUUUGUUUGUCUAAAUGUUUAAAUGCCUCAUGAGGAUUUUACUGUGUGGUUUAUCAUACAUAAAAAAAUAAAAAAAUAAAAAAAUAAAUAAAAUAAAAACUGCUGUUCAGUUGUAUAUAUAUACACAACUGAACAGCAUGUAUCACAACAUUGAAAUCUAACAUGUGAGACCUUCUCCCAGACCAAAUUAUCUAAAUAGAUAAACAAAACAAUCUUGUAGAUGUAUUUUUUAGGAUCUGACCAAAAAGAGCGCCUGAGAGCUUAAAAAAAACCCUGUAAAACAAUACACAAAGUUAAAUUCUGUGGUUUCUUCUAUUGAGGUUAUGAGCCAUGAACAUAUGUAUCUUACAAUGGCACACAUAUAUUGCAGGUGUGCCUGUCUUUCACAGCUAAUAUUGUAUAUGAAUUACCUGUAUGAAACGUUUUCUUAACUUUUAUGAGUUAGUGGUAAAGAUUACAAAAUAUAAGAAAUUUUAACAAUCUAUUCUUGAGUGCAAAUAUAAAUUUGUUGUAAUAUUUAAUGUGUGUAAUACAAAUUUUAUAUUUGAACAUUUUCAGUUCCUUUGUCAUUUUUGCAGUUGUAUUUAUUUUGUUUGCAUUGUAUAAAUGAUGUGUGCAUUUUCAAAAUUA